CCGGGAUAACAGCGUGAGUUGAGAAUGUCCACAUGUCUUUAAACUACCUGCAUGUUCUCGCAACCUUGUUGGAUUUUACUGGACACAUCAGCGUUGCACGUCAUAGCGGUGUCGUGUGAAGACAUUGAUUAAGAAACCACGUUUGGUCUUAUUGUAGUUUCUAUGAGAGGACUGGAUUAACGGUAGGCUAGCCACAGUGUUAGCACUAUCAUCUGUCACAGUUCAUUAUUGUUAGCACGAAGUCAGUGUACUCUCACCUUUUGUGUUAAGAUAGCCUACCCUUGUUAACAGAGUCCAUGUUUUGAAACCACAGUUACUCAGACUCUAUUUUCCAACCAACUUACACCCCGUUGCCGACGCUGACGUUUGCAAUAACCUGGAAGUAAGCCAAACCUGAAAUGACAAAUAACUGAAUGCAACGUUACUGUAUGGUAGACUGUGUUACUGUACUAUCACGGUGUCACUCCACCGUACCGUUAAGGUAUAAAGCAGGUUACGGCAGCUACCAGCUGCACGUGAAGCGUUGUCAUUAGUUUCAGGUGUUCGCCAUGGGACACCCUAGCCUGGAGAAGAUCAUUGCACUGCAGAGAAACCCUGCCAACAUUAGAAACCUGUGCAUUCUGGCUCAUGUCGACCACGGCAAAACUACUCUGGCUGACUGCUUAGUGGCAAGUAAUGGUAUCAUAUCAGGUCGACUGGCUGGGAAGCUGAGGUAUCUGGACAGCAGGGAGGAUGAACAGAUCAGAGGAAUAACCAUGAAGUCCAGUGCCAUCUCUCUGCAUUACAGACAUGGAGAUCAGGAGUACUUGCUAAACCUGAUCGACUCUCCUGGUCAUGUCGACUUCUCCUCAGAAGUUUCCACUGCUGUUAGGCUGUGUGACGGUGCCAUUGUAGUUGUUGAUGCAGUGGAGGGAGUGUGUCCACAGACCCAGGUUGUGCUGCGCCAAGCUUGGCUGGAGAACAUCAAGCCUGUCCUGGUCAUCAAUAAGAUAGAUCGACUCAUCAUAGAGCUGAAGCUUACCUCUCAGGAAGCUUACACUCACCUGCAGAAGAUCCUUGAACAAGUGAAUGCAGUGACAGGGACUUUGUUCACAUCCAAAGUGCUGGAGGAGCGAGCGGAAAAAGAGAAGGAGGAGAAAGAAAGCGAGCUGUCAAGUAGAGAUCAGGUUUAUGACUGGAGUGCUGGGCUGGAGGAGGCUGAUGACUCCCAACUCUACUUUUCCCCUGAUCAAGGAAAUGUGGUCUUUGCCAGCGCCAUAGAUGGAUGGGGCUUCAGCAUUCAGCAGUUUGCCCACAUCUACAGCCAGAGAAUGGGUAUUAAGGAAGAGGUGCUGCUCAAAACCCUGUGGGGGGAUUUCUACCUCAAUGCAAAAGCAAAGAAGAUCAUGAAAGGAGCUCAGGCCAAAGGAAAGAAGCAACUGUUUGUGCAGCUUGUGUUGGAUAACAUUUGGAGUUUAUAUGAUGCUGUUGUCACAAGGAGAGACAAGGAGAAGGUGGAGAAGGUAGUGGCAUCACUGGGGGUAAAGGUGAUGGCCAGGGACUCUCGUCACUCCGAUCCCAAAGUCCUCCUCUCUGCCAUCUGUAGCCAGUGGUUACCUGUGUCCCAGGCUGUCCUCUCAAUGGUGUGUGAGAAACUUCCUAGUCCUGUAGACAUAACUGCAGAGAGGGUGGAGAAACUGAUGAGUGUCGGAGCACGGCGAUUUGACUCGUUACCAGAACAGACACAAGAGCUGAAAAGAGCAUUCCUCCAGUGUUCAAGGGGGGAAGACGCUCCACUCAUCGUGUUUGUGUCAAAGAUGUUUGCUGUAGACACCAAGGCCUUGCCCCAGAACAGACAAAGGCCAUUGACCCAGGAGGAGCUUGCCCAGCGCAGGGAGCUGGUGAGAAAGAGACAUGCUGAAAGGAUGACAGCUGAUCAGGCAGCUGCAGAAAGCAACAAAGACCUCACAUACUCAGGGUGUAUGCAACAGGAAGGCCAAACUGCAGGAUUUGGCACAGCUAAAAUGGAGAGUCUCACACUGAAAGAUUCAAAGCCAGAAGAGGAAGAAGAGCAGGAGACCUUUAUAGCAUUUGCGCGGGUCUACAGCGGAGUGGUCAAGAAAGGACAGAGAGCAUUUGUAAUGGGACCAAAGUAUGACCCUGCCCAGGGCCUGAACAUGCUGCCAGGGGGUUGCAGUGCUUCAGAUUGUGUGCCUGAGGUGCCUCAUCUGUCCUGUUGUUCUGUGGAAAGUCUCUACCUGCUGAUGGGCAGAGAGCUGGAGGAGCUGGAGGAGGUGCCUGCGGGAAAUGUCCUGGGUAUCGCAGGUCUGGGGGGAUGUGUUUUGAAAUCAGCCACUCUGUCAACUUCCCCUGCCUGCCCUCCCUUCACCCCUCUUAACUUUGAAGCUACACCCAUUGUACGGGUUGCCAUAGAACCCAAACAUCCAAGUGAGAUGCCAAAGCUAGUGCGUGGGAUGCGUUUGUUGAACCAGGCAGAUCCCUGUGCUGAAGUUCUGAUCCAGGAAACAGGAGAACAUGUUCUGAUCACUGCUGGUGAGGUUCAUCUCCAGCGCUGCCUCGAUGACCUCAAAGACCGGUUUGCUAAAAUUGAGAUCAGCGCGUCUAAGCCAAUUAUUCCAUUCAGAGAAACAGUGGUACGUUCUCCAAAAGUGGACAUGGUUAAUGAAGACCUGGGCAAGCAGCAGAAAGUAGCCAUCAUUCACCAGGUGAAGGAGGAGGCCUCUCAGGGUCGUUUGUCUGACAACCUGCGUAUGGACCCCAGUGGAAUGGUCACCCUCACCACCCCCAACAGACUGGCUACUGUCAGUGUCAGGGCAAUCCCCCUGCCACAGGAGGUUACUCGUCUGUUGGAGAGUAGCACGGAGCUGAUUCGGACUCUGGAGCAUGUUAACAUGUCCCUGAGGGAGGGAAAGAGUCUGGAUGUUAGCCCCAGGACGCUGGAGGCCAUCGUUGAACUCAAGACCCAGCUGGAGAGCCUGCUGCAGGGGAGGAAGUGGAGGAAUGCUGUGGAGCGUAUCUGGGCUUUUGGGCCUCGCAGAUGUGGUCCCAAUAUUCUGCUGAACAGUGUGGACGGUUACCAGCGGCCCUCCCUGUGGCAGUGUCUGGGCAGGGGAGACAAAGCUGGCGAAGGUGGAGCCCAGGCUGCUGUUAUUCGAGACUUGGAUAACAGCAUCAUCAGUGGCUUCCAGCUAGCAUCUCUGUCAGGGCCCAUGUGUGAGGAGCCCCUAAUGGGUGUAUGUUUCUCUGUGGAGAGGUGGGACAUCCAGUCUUUAGCCCCGCCACAAUAUCAUGACUCUGUGGAGGAGGACUCCACAUCCCAUGAGGCUUUAGCAGACAGCAAAGUGGAACGAUGCAGUGAGACAUCUGCCCAGGUGGAGGGCACAGCAGCAGGGCCAAACCAGGCCAGGCGCAGGCCAGAAGCUGCAGCUGCAGACUGCUACGGGCCGGUCUCCGGCCAGCUGAUUGCUGCCAUGAAGGAGGCCUGCCGUCAUGCCUUCCAGGCUCAGCCCCAGAGACUCAUGGCUGCCAUGUAUACCUGCGAGAUCAUGGCCACUGCUGAGGUGCUAGGCCGGGUAUAUGGUGUACUUGGGAAGCGAGAGGGGCGCGUCCUCCAUGAAGAGAUGAAGGAAGGGACGGACAUGUUCAUCAUCAAGGCUGUUCUGCCUGUGGCUGAGAGCUUUGGAUUUGCAGAUGAGAUCCGCAAGAGGACCAGUGGAUUGGCCAGUCCACAGCUGGUCUUCAGCCACUGGGAGGUAAUCAGCAGUGAUCCAUACUGGGUUCCCACCACAGAGGAGGAAUACCUGCACUUUGGGGAGAAAGCAGACUCUGAAAACCAGGCCCUCAAAUACAUGAAUGCUGUCCGUCGCCGCAAAGGCCUCUACGUGGAGGAGAAGAUUGUAGAACAUGCAGAGAAGCAGAGAACACUUAGCAAGAACAAGUAGUGUGGUAGACACACAACAGAUACCUUCAGUAGCAGUUCCUCUAGUGAGGCUGUGAGGCACUGGUGACAUCCACCCAUCCAUUUAUCCAUCCAAGACUGCACUGUACACCAUAGACUGUGCUCCUUCGUUAAUGUCAUUCAUUACAAAGGAACAGAUGUUGUGUCCAAAUGCAGUAGUCAUCCUUUUUUAAAGCUGUCUUCUUCACAGCAGCAGCGGAAUUGUAAAAACAAAUAGAAAACUGCAGCUACAGUCUUGUUGUUCAUCAAGGUUCCUACGGUCAUGAAAUUCCUGGAGAAGUUAUGAAAUUAGAAAAACAGUUUCCCAGGCCUGGAAAUAGUUUUGAAUUACCAGAAUAUUUUGAAAACAUUUUGAAUACAAAUUGUAUGGCUAUUGUUUAAAAUAAGUUAAUAAUAAGUUCUUUGUAUUACUAAUGUAAAAUCUAGUGCUCCGCUGCAUGACCAUUAAAACAUCACUUCUACCAUGGGAUACACAUAGACCAGACCAGCAUUGUGUCAUCGCUAACCCUGCACUCCCCUCUGGGGAAAAGAAAGGUGCUGUCACAUAAGGAAAGAAACAGGAAAAUGCUGAAAAGCUGUUGUGUAGCAUGUUGAUCAAGGCUUUCACACUGAGAUGUGAGGCGCAUAAGAUACACGAAUAUUCGUUGUUAGUGUAGUAAAUGGCAGUUACAGUCAUACAGUGUAGCAGCAUCAAUGACAUUUUUUUUCUUUUUUGAUUAAACCAUCAGGUAUUGUGAUCCAGCUAUCUAUAAUAUCCACCCACUGUGUUGGGUCAUUUAUCAACUUAGACAGGAGAAAACUGUAGUGACAUGGCAUCAUUUAGCCUUAAUUUAUUACAGUAUCGCUCAGGUUCAGGCAAAGUUGCAAAAUAAUUAUUAGACAUGGUCAUAAAACAAAUGUUUAUUCAACAAGAAUAAAUGCAAACUUGUCAAAAUUAUAUUCCAAACACAUUAAAUUGUUGUCACUCAGGCGUUACAUCUAGAUGAUCUUUGUUUUUUGUUUUUAUCCUCCCAAAAAGGGGCGUGGCCUUGACAAUUUUUUGAAGGACCCCAUAUGUGACGGUCUGGUCUAUUGGCAUAUGCAGCUAGUUGGCAGCAGGAAUGGUUAAUGAACAAGUGGAGUUGGUAAGCGCUGGCAGUUUACUGAGCUGCAAAUGCCUGGGAUGGUUGCAUUGCUGUAUAGGCCUCCCCAUUUAAAAUUACCUAAAUAAAGUCAUGGAAAUGGGGAACAAUAUUUUGGAAAAGUUUUGAAAAUUAUUUGAUAAAAAUGUGUAGGAACCCUGGUUCAUUCAACAAUCAGUAAUGACUUCUUGCAUAUUUUUUGUGAAAUAGAAUAUAUUUUACAAUACACCUAUAUAGGAGUUUUGAUUAAUUGAAAAGAAUGAUACAUACAUAUUGAGAAUAAAAUCUGUAUCCCAAAGUCAGUUAUCUUUUCCAGAGUCUGGUUGUUUUCAGUGGUUUUUAAGGCUUAUAUAUGUUCAUGCUGAAAGAUAUCAUGGGCAGUAAAUUCUGACCAAUCAAAUGGCCCCAUUGGAUGGCAAAUAGUUUAAUAGUUUGGUAAAUAAAUGUCUUGGAAUUUCGAUAUGGACAUUGACAGAUUUACUAUUGUAUGGCAUUAAUCAUCACCAUAAUCAGGACACAUUCACCACAAUGUGGUACAUGUUACAAUGUUAAGUGACUAAUAGUUUUUCAUACCUUAAGCAACUUUAAGAAAAUUAUGUCAGUGAUAAAAACAUCAAUUUCAAACAUACAACAUUUAGCUUCCUCCUUAACAUAUGAGGGCCACUGUUGGGAAAGGAGAAAUCUGAAAUUUUGAAAAUAGAGUUGUAAUUUUGAGGAGAAAAUAGUGUUGGAACAAUAAAAUAAUUUUACAAGAAAAUGGUCAUAUUUUGAGAUGAACAAAAUGAUGAUACCACUUCAGCUGGGCAUCUGAAGAUUGAGAGAGAGACCUACUGAAACUGGUAGAAACAGUGCGCACAACUCAGAGUCUCAAAAUAAUGCUGGGUGCACAGUUGCGAUAAAAACUAAACAAAAACAAAACAAUGGGACUCACUGAUCCAUCUUCUUUUGUAUUUGCAUUGUGGACAGAAAACAAAUGCGUUUCAGCGUAAAGCCAUCAUCAGCCUGGAGAACAAAAGAAAUGACAAUACAAAUCUAGAUAACCAGGUGAGACCCAAAGUCCAAUCAGUGACAAGACCAUAUGAUUAUACAAUAGGAUCCAUGUGUGCCAAUAAGUACCAGUUCUUCAUUCAUUGAGUGCCGCAUCUCCUGUGGACAAUAUGUCAUACCAAGACAUUGAUAAACUUACCGCGGUGAGAGCUUCCACCCUAGCUUUUUCGAACUCGGACUCUGAAAGCAUGUUAUUUCCCUUAGAUGUCUCCUGCCCUGUGUUGAACUCUCCACUUCUAAGCAUCUUGAGCACCUCAUGAAAAAAGAGACUCGCAUGAAGUCUCCACGGCUCAACCUUGUCCCAAUACUGGCGCAACAAAUGCAUCCUGAGGGGUCUCAGGAUUAACAAAGAACCCACACUAGGUCGACACAGUAAUGACUUCUGCAAGAAAUGGUGUGAGGUGUUGAAUAAAUGCUCUAAUUCACAAAAGAUGAACUUUCUAAAAUGCAGUCUGAUAUUAUGGAUUUAAAGAAAGACAUGAAAAUGAAAUUCAACUCCCAGCAACUUUGUGACAUUGAAAGCAGAUGCUCAGAGCUGAUCUCCACAUAUGAGAAGGAGAUUUCAGAAGUGAAGAUGAGGAAAUAUCAGAGAGAUACUUUGGACUACAAGAACAACUGGAUCUACACAUGGCUGUCUGGCACAUAUCGCUGUCCACACAGAUGAGAGGGUUUUUCAUCCUUUGAUCUGUCCACGGAGGACUCAUGAAGCGAGGGCCCAUCCACUACAUCUGGACCCCACACUUUUUUAGACAUGCCCUGCCGCUUAACCAGAGCCACUGCAAAAGACGCCCGACGCGGAGGGGCGGCAAGAAGCACCACACACACCAGCGGCAGACAAUGGGGAAGGACUUGCAUGUCAUCAAUCUCUCCAGCAGGUGCCUCACUCCUGAAGAACGGUCUGUUUUGUCUAAGGGUUUGUCUUUUGUUCCAUUCAAGCCUGCUAACUCUUUUCAAACCAGAGCCAGAACUAUUCAAGUUCUUUAGAUCUGUUAAACUAAGAGCCUUUUUUGACAAUAAACUCCCCUCACCCCCUCAUAUGUAGCAUGCCCUUUCUCCUCCUGUUGAACCUAUAGUUUUUCUGUCAUAUUCUGAAACCAAAAAGCACAUUCAUUCCUCCUGUUCAUAAUCCCUCUGUAGCCACCUUUUGUAGGUUAGUAGACCAGGAGACUUCAUCCACUUAAUUGAUUUACAUAUUAAACAACUGGUAUAUCAACUUCCUUCUUACCUCAAAGACACCACUGACUUCCUUAAUAAGAUUUCUUCCAUUUGGGAUCUUCAGGAAACAGAUAUAUUAUGUACUAUGGACAUUGUCAGCCUUUACACUAAGAGAAUCACUGAGAGAGAAUCAGACCCCGACUAUUGUUUUUUUGGUAGAACUUACCCAGCUUGUUCUCAACAAGAAUUACUUCAAAUUUGAGGAUUCUUUCUAUUUGCAGUGCCAAGGAGUCAGUAUGGGUAGUGCAUGUUCCCCUAAUUAUGCCAAUUUAUUCAUAGGAAAAUUUGAAGAGGAAUAUGUUUAUACAACAAUCCUUUUUUCUCUCUGUUGAGAUGUUGGUUUCGUUACAUAGAUGAUAUAUUUUGCAUAUUUUCGGGUACUGUUGAUGAACUGGAGGCUUUCAGUGAACAUCUAAAUUAUUGCAUGCCUACUAUAAAAUUUUCAGUAGGACAUAGUAGAGAUUCAGUGUCGUUUCUUGAUGUGCCUGUGAAGAAAACAGAACUUCUUAACAUUAGCGUAUUCAGAAAAGAGACUGAUAGAAACACAUUUUUAUACUUUAGUAGUUACCAUCCUCCUAGUUUGAAGAAAGGUCUUCCAUACAGUCGGUUAUUGAGAACUAAAUGAAUCUGCAGCAAGGACAGCGUUUUUGAAGAACAAGCUAUUGAUUUGUGUAACUGGUUCAGAGAUAGAGGCUAUAAUAAUCAUGUGCUCAGAAAGAGUUUGGAUAAAGUGAAAAAUAGAGACAGGAAAACUUUAUUAACCCCUAAAUCUCCCUCUAAGAGGGAGGAGCAGGAGGUAAUUUCCCAUGUUUAAACUGCACCCAGUGCAAUGCUAUGAUCAGAAGGGAUGUUUUUUUACAUCCCCACACAGGCAAAAAGUUCAACAUUACGAGUAUCUUCUGCAGAACCAAAUUUGUUGCAUAUCUUCUGAAAUGCCCUUGUGGGUUAGCAUACAUUGGUAAAACUAAAUGAGAGUUGAAAACUAGGGUUUCUGAACACAAGAGUGGCAUAAGGAGAAAUGAUGAAAAAUCUCCGGUGGCAAGACACUUCCAUUCAGCCGGCUAUGAUGUUUAUUCCCUUAAAUUUCAAGGUACAGAAAUGAUACAUCUUGCAAAAGAGGUAGCGACAGGGAUAGACUAAGAGGUUGACAAGGUCAGAGUGGGUCUCUUUUACAUCCUAUUUAUUCUCAUUGUAUCUUAGAUUUUUUGUCCUUACAUUUUUCCUAUACAUUUUUUCUACAUUUUCUUACAUUUUUUUCUAUUUACUCGAAGAAUUCUUAAUAUUUAAUAGGGUUAUUUAGCUCUUAAUUAAAACUAUUAUUAAAAAUUAAUUUUAAUUUUAAUAUUUAAUAUUUAAUUUUAAUUAUUUUUUCCUGGGCAUUUAUCUAUGCUCUUU